GAGCUGUAGCCUGUAGGAAUUGUGCGAAACAUGUGCUGCGAAGUAUCUCAUUUUUGUCUCGACUUACUGUGAAAAAUUAUAAAAAUUGCAGCUUUUAUUUCUAAGGCAUUUGUGAAAGGGCCUAUUCCAAGGCAGUCGUUCAUAGCCUUGAUGGCAUCCCAAGCAAAGAGGGUGAAUCCUGGCAAGAUCAUAGGCACUCAUAACGGAACAUUUCAUUGUGAUGAAGUGUUGGCCUGUUGCAUGCUGAAGUUGCUACCGGAAUACAGGGAUGCAGAGAUCUUGAGGACGCGGGAAGAAAAUCUUUUAAAGACUUGUGACAUUGUUGUUGAUGUUGGUGGAAAGUAUGAGCCGUCAUCUCAUAGAUAUGACCACCACCAGAGGAGUUUCACAGGAACCAUGAACUCUUUGGCUGGUAUGAAAUGGAACAUCAAGUUGAGCAGUGCAGGUCUAGUCUACCUUCAUUUUGGCAAAGAUAUUAUAUCACAGUUAAUGAAGAGGGAAAAAGAUGACCCAACUGUUGACUUAAUUUACGCAAAGGUGUAUGAAAAUUUCGUUCAAGAAAUUGAUGCGAUUGAUAAUGGCGUCAACCAGUUCGAUGGUGAACCAAGAUAUUCUAUUUCAACGAAUAUAAGUUCAAGAGUUGGUUCACUAAAUCCAAAAUGGAAUGACGAAAGUCAGGACUCGGAGGCUGGUUUUGCGAAAGCGAUGAAAAUGGUUGGGGAAGAGUUUUUGGAGACUGUGAGUUAUUUUAAAGACGUUUGGCUUCCUGCGAGGAUGAUUGUGCAGAAGGCAAUAGAGAAAAGAUACGAGGUUGACCCGAGUGGUGAGAUAAUAUUCAUCAAAGAUAUCUGUCCUUGGAAAGAUCAUUUAUUCACCCUGGAAGAGAAACUCAAAGUUGAUACACCAAUCAAGUUUGCAUUGUUCAUAGACCAGAAUGGAAAAUGGAGGAUCCAGUGCGUUUCUGUCACGCUGAAAUCCUUUGAAAACAGGUUAGGUCUUCUGGAAGAAUGGCGUGGAAUUCGCGAUGAAGAACUGAGCAAGUUGAGUGGUAUUCCUGGCUGUAUUUUUGUCCACGCUUCCGGGUUUAUAGGUGGAAACGAAAGCAAGGAAGGUGCGCUGGAGAUGGCCAGAGUCACGUUACGUCAUGCUCGUGAGAGACAGUCGUAAACAAGAAAGAAUUUGCGAUGACAAUCGUCGUGGGGAAUGGUCUAAUAAAACUUUUACGGCCUCUGAUUUUGAUUGAUCUAUCCAGUAAGUGUGCGAGAUCAGUUCGUACACUGAUCUCAUAAUACUACACUGGAUAGACAUCAUGUAAACUUGUGAAACGUUUUUGAGCAAGAUUCUGUUAUUGAUCAGAAGGAAUCGUUUUGUUGAGUAACAAACACUAUAUACAAGAUAAUGGGCCCAACUGGGGAGUGACCAUUUGACAUUUAAUUUAUUUCCAUCCCAGACAUCAUUC